AGGGGUUUGAGUGCGGACUGGAAGAUGGCGCUGUCCUGGGAUGUGGAGGCCAGGAAUGGACUCCAGGAAUUCUUCACGCAUGAGAUGUACACUCGCUACUCCAUGGCCCCAACUCUCAGUGAGUUAUGGGCUUUAGUUAGCAGGCAAAGAGAAGAAGGCGUUAAGUCCCCCAGCCCACCAGAAACGCAGCAGGCUCCCAAACCGAACAGCCAACCUGAGCCCUCGACUCCAGCCAAUCAGACCACCAAAGCUUUGGAGAUAUCGUUUCCACUGCCUGAACCCAGGGUGCCCUAUCCCCGGUUUUCCUCCCUCAGUGGGAAGGACCAACAAAGCUAUGUGCAGUUAAUGGAAAAAUACAAGAAUGUGCAAAGGACUGGGCGGAUAUCAAGAAAAAUGAUGACGCAUCUGGCACAGUAUUCUGAGUUGAAGAAUAUUGUAUGGAAGGAACUGCCAGACUUUAUGAAAUAUCUGCAGAAUGUGGCGAGAAUGUGUGCUGACGAUUACAAUAUCAUCUGUCCUGAUGCUCUCCGUUACUCUGAGGAGAUUGUCAUGGCACAGAAUGAAUGUGUGAAAAAAUAUCCUGAAGUCUACACUGUCUCUGAAAUGAUCAGCAUUAUGGGUGGGAAAUUCAUCCCAGAUCUUGCUCUUCAACUGGAAAAGAAGCUGUUGUGCCUGGGCAAGGCUUCGUUUCUGCGGGUACCAACUCAAGCCACCUUAGACCAGUUAACAACAGAUUAUAAAACGGUUGCUGCAUUUAGUCCACCCACAGAGAGGGCAUCUGCUUUUCAAGCUGAAAUUAGUAGCGAUGAGAAUGCAGAGAAGUUGAGUGUGAAAUAUGGAGCGAAGGUGUCUCUAACCAGCCAAGCAUUGUUUACUCUGUUGAAUAAUUGUGCACCAAACUAUCCAGAACCCUGGGAACUUCCUGUGCAUGUGAAAACUGUCUCUGGCAAAGGAGGUACAAUGGGGAAAGUUGUCUUCAUUGACUCGCCGCUUGCAAAGAAAACCCUCACUGUGAGAGAGAAGAACCAACUGUUUUAUGAAGCUCCUCUGGAUCUGUUGAUGACCAAAAAAUAUUUUGUAGCCGUGUCAAGCAUGACGUUGGACAAACCCGAAAGACAUGACAUCUUUGAGGAAAAGGACCUUCCUUCCCGAGACCAAAGAAACAUCAGCGCAUGUGAAAGCAAAGACUUCGAUCUUGCCGCUGACUUCAGUGAACUGGAGACGUUUGCAUCGAUUGUUUCAAGUGUCGCAAACACAAAAUGUACAGACACAGGUAAACGUGCGUCGAUGACCGGUGCUCCUCGCUGUUCUCCAGAGGGCAGUAAGAAGGAGGCGAGUGUGGGAAAAUCGAAUCCCCUAGAGAUAACCAAAAAGAUCAUGCAGCAGAAGCGACUUGACUUCAGGGUGACCACCACCAGCUGUGACAGAGACUCGACCACGGAUGAGAUGACUGACUGUGAGGAGAGGUGCAAAUCAGACCAGCAAAAGAACCAAAUGAAAUUGGACCCUACAAAAGAGAAGAAAAGUGAAGGAGGCACUUUACCAGGCACAGAUUCCGAUGAAGUGGCCUUCACUAAGGGACAGACAUCCGAAAAGGAUAGCAGCCUCGUUGACAGCGAUUCUGACUGUGAGCGACUGAUCAUUGACACAGAUUUUGCGGAAAGCCAUGCGAAAACUGUUCAAAGUGACCCAAAAUCCGUCCCGGAGAAACCGGACUGUCGUAGUUCCAAAGAUGUCAUUCCAGACACCCCUCGAUCACCAUCUCCUGAACCAGUCAGUAGCCAAGUGCAGAAAGCUACCACUCCAAGGCGGAAGAGGAAGGCAUCUAAACCCCUCUCUAAGGAGUUUGACCCUGUUGGGCAGAUUAUGAAGAUGCAGUGUGAACUGUUAAAGCCGAGUCCCAAACGUCAAGCGGAUCAAUCACCCGUAACCCAAGAACCAAGCCCAGCUCCCGGCCCAGUGCCACCUGAUAGAAAUCCUACAGUCUUGAAGAAUUCUGCAACAGUUGGGAAUGUCGGUGGCUCCUGGUACAUGACAGCCCAGACCACACGGUCAUAUCUCCUAUCGGAGGAGCUCCUGAACUGCAAUGAAAAUGAGUCGGAUUACACAGCUCCACCAACUGGGAAUGUCACCUACAAACUCUUCAGGUUGUCCGAUAUCCUCUUACUCGUCCGUGGUCACAUUCACAAAACGCAAAUCAGACCUCGAUCAAACAAAGGGGUGACGAAGAAGCAUGUCCCAAUUUAUUUGUUUCCUAAACUGGAAUAUCAGCUGGCGUACGGAAUUGAAACCUUCACUGACAGUGAAAUAUGCCGGUUAUGGACUGAGAGUCUGGUCAAUUCAAAUACCUGGUUUUAUGUUGGUCACAUUGAUGUCUUCACAUCAAAGUUGAUUUUAAUUGACCAGUUUCCGGCAAUCUCCGUGGCAGAAAAACUUGGAUCCUUCAACCCUUUAAAUUCAUUAAAUAUCCUGCACCAUGUACUGAAAAAAGUUUCAAGUUUACCAGAGGGAAAAUACCUGUUGAGUCACUCCUCGGGAGACUCGUCCAUAACCAUCUAUCGUGGCUCUCAAGGAGGGAAGUACACCAGAGCAGCCUACAACCUCCAUGUUGCCCACAGUACGCUCCCUCCACCUCCAUCGACUCUCUCGGUGCCCUGGGUACCUCUGGAUCCCAAUAUGUUACUGCCUUACCACAUCCACCACGGCAGAGUUCCCUGUACCUUCCCUCCCAAGCCCUCCGAGGAGCUUCCAAACCCGCAGAUGGGUGUGGUCAAAGCAAACAGAAGCAUUCCUGCUCGAAAUAAGCCGGUUACUAUGGAAACAAGGAGUCAUCGCCCACCAGCCCAACACACUGGAAGCGAAGGGGUGGUGCCAAAGAAGAAGAAGAAUAAGGGGAAGAGAGCGAAUCGUAAACUGUGGUGGAAAGAAAAGAAACUGAAGAAGGCACAGGGCGUGAAGGCGCAGUGAGACUGGAGAAUGUGAGGCGGUACCAGGGCUAUCCAGUGAUCAUGUGGGGUUAACUCAGUGAGGGAGGGCAGCCCCCAGCCCUUGCUCUUCCUCAAUCUGGUCAGCCUUCUCCUGGAAGAACCAGGGAGAGACCUGAAAGAAUUGUCAGAGGGCCAACCUUUGAACAGCAGUGCACACCUAGGCACACUUACCUCUCCUUCUCUCUUACAAUUACCAGGCACUGAAUUGGCGGCGCAGCCUGGCUCUGGUAAGCGAUCGUAAGGAGCUACUGCCGUGUAUCUGACUGGCUGGUUAGAAAGGAAGGGCACAGAUUCGCUUCUGCUUUUUCCAAGUUAAAAAUGAGGUCACUUUCCGAGUUCAACGGUUUCUUUUUUUUUAAAUGAGAUUCAAUAUUCACUGUCCCAGACUGCACGAUGAUUUUCUCUGCAAUGUGGUUACAGUGAACAAAAGUUUGAGGAGUGACUCAUUCACUGGCCAGCCGGUAAGGGUGCAGCCUCUCCACUCAUUUCAGAAACAAAAAGCCUCAUUCAAGUCAGUACAUAGCCUGACAUGUAAGUUACACAUAGUACGCCAACACUAUAAAUCACAGGCCUUCUCAGCUUGUUUUUAACACAUUUCUCUUGUUAUACUCCUACAUUUCUGUUAAUAUACUUUUUUUUAAUAAAAGCCGUUGGUACAGGAAAA